GUACGAGCCUGCGCUGCCGGAACUGUCGGAGCCGUUACCCUGGAAACCGAGUUCUUCCUAGUCUAGUCGCCCGGAUUUUUAACCCAGUAGGCGCCAUUUGAGAGCAGCUGUCAGCAGGGCUCUUCCCCACCCUUCUCCUCUUCACCCCGUAGCCCGCUAUUGAGCCAUUCCCUUUCUGGGCCACGCCCCAACCCCAUUCCUUCUCUUUUUCUUUGCUGCUGACGUCUGCUCAGUCUUUUCCCAUAGUUUAGUCCUACUAUUCCUGACCCCUACUUUACACCCUUCUCCCUUUAUUAUCCUUGCAAGAUCCUCUUCCAGUGGUAGUACUCAAUAAUCAUCACUCCCAGCUCUCCUUCCUUCUUUUACUGUCCCUAAUGCCCCUUAACACGUCUCCGCUAUCACACCCCCAGUUCUUCCAACGGGGUUGUUUCUACGAUUUCUUUCUCUCCAGUCUUGUGCCUCAAAUUACGGAGCAACUCGGCUUUAUUCAUUUCUGCCCUAGCUUAUCGCUGAUCCUCUCCAGCCCUCAUUGUAGAAGUAUCCAUUACUGCUUCCUUCUAGCAUCUUCUGGUUGUGUCCAUAACACCGCUGGAGCCCCAUCUUGGAAGCUGACUGCCCCCGGGGUCUUCCCAGGGCACUGGGGAGGGCCGAGGCCGAGGCCAACCAUGCCCAGUCUGCUGCUGCUCGCCGCUGCUGCACUGCUGUCCAGCUGGGCUCAGCUUCCGGCCGAAGCCAGCUCCUGGUGGUCAUUAGCUAUGAACCCAGUGCAGAGACCCGAGAUGUUUAUCAUCGGUGCCCAGCCCGUGUGCAGCCAGCUUCCCGGGCUCUCCCCCGGCCAGAGGAAGCUGUGCCAACUGUACCAAGAGCACAUGGCCUACAUAGGGGAGGGGGCCAAGACGGGCAUCAAGGAGUGCCAGUACCAGUUCCGGCAGAGGAGGUGGAACUGCAGCAUCGUGGACAACACGUCUGUCUUCGGGCGAGUCAUGCAGAUAGGGAGCCGGGAGACGGCCUUCACCUAUGCAGUGAGCGCGGCGGGCGUGGUGAACGCCAUCAGCCGGGCUUGCCGCGAAGGUGAGCUCUCCACAUGCGGCUGCAGCCGGACCGCGCGGCCCAAGGACCUUCCCCGAGACUGGCUGUGGGGUGGCUGCGGGGACAAUGUGGAGUAUGGCUACCGCUUUGCUAAGGAGUUCGUGGAUGCCCGCGAGCGGGAGAAGAACUUUGCCAAGGGGUCGGAGGAGCAGGGCCGAGUGCUCAUGAACCUGCAGAACAACGAGGCGGGUCGGAGGGCUGUGUACAAGAUGGCAGAUGUGGCCUGCAAAUGCCACGGUGUCUCGGGGUCCUGCAGCCUUAAGACGUGCUGGCUGCAGCUGGCCGAGUUCCGCAAGGUGGGGGACCAGCUGAAGGAGAAGUACGACAGCGCGGCCGCCAUGCGCAUCACCCGCAAAGGCAAGCUGGAGCUGGUCAACAGCCGCUUCAACCAGCCCACGCCGGAGGACCUGGUCUAUGUGGACCCCAGCCCUGACUACUGUCUGCGCAACGAGACCACGGGCUCCCUGGGCACUCAAGGCCGCCUCUGCAACAAGACCUCGGAGGGCAUGGACGGCUGUGAGCUCAUGUGCUGUGGCCGUGGCUACGACCAGUUCAAGAGCGUCCAGGUGGAGCGCUGCCACUGCAAGUUCCACUGGUGCUGCUUUGUCAGGUGCCGGAAGUGCACUGAGAUCGUCGACCAGUACGUGUGCAAAUAGCCAGCGAGGGCCUGCUCCUCUGGCCUCGCCUCUGCUCUGCCUCACAAAGUUUAUAUUAUAGAAAUCUAUAUAAAUCUAUUUUAUAUUUGUAUAAAUAAAUGGAUGGAUGAUAAAUAAUUAAAGGAAGAAAAUGGAAAGGAAAAGCUUAUUUAAGAGACGCUGGAGACCUUUGAGGAUGGACUGUGCUGGUUCUCUACUCCGGAUGGGUGGGGGAAGGGGCUUCUCCCCCUCCCCCUGGUGGGGAUUCACAGUGGGUAGGGACUUGAGGAUAUUCACUGUUGGGCCACCAUGGCCUCGAGGAGACUCAUGGUGGUUAGAUGGAGAAGAUGCUUUUGUCUGGAAGACUGGAGCCUUCGCCGGGUGGAUGCCCCCAUUCCCCCCCUCUCCCGUAACCUCCGUCGUUAGCCAGGAGUCCCUGUCCAUGGUGGCAGAACUCAGCGCAAACCAUCACGUCCUCGGGUUCUUGUCCAGAAAACUGAUUGUUUCCAUAAGAGGCCCAGGGCUUGCUCACCCUUUCAUUUCUGUGUACCCUUGCAGAAUCCGCAGUUAUAGGAGCGAGGACAGACCCCAUGUCAUCUCUGACCACUGACCACAAAGUAGACCCGCACCUCCCCAGAUUCCCCGGCUUGUCUUCCCAGCAAGAAUUAUUCUCCCUUCACAGUUCACUGGCUCCUGCCACCCAUUCCCUGCGCCAAGGGGAAAGGGGGUCCCUUGGCCUGACUUGUCAGGAAAGAUGUGAACAGAGUAUUUGUUCCUGAGCUGCAGAAAGCCAGGAGUGUAACUGGACCAAGCGAACGUUGCACUGUGCUCCCGCAGGGAGGGGCAGCCGGGGUGCUGCUGUCACUUCCUCCAUCACGGAGGCCCCACCAAUGACAGGAUGUGCAGCCAGUUCAAGCUGAGCUGGCCCGGCACCGUCUUUUCAUCUCUGUCCCAGAUGUACAGUUUCUCUCUGAUAUUAAAUACCCUUCACUGGA